AUGAGCUCGCAACGCUACGAGCGAGUCGCAGCAGUAGACGACGAUGAUUAUGCCGGGUCUCACGCGCCAAUAGCAAUUCCUGAUUCGCCACCGCCGUCGUUCCGUUCUCACACCUCAUCCAGGCGACCGUCACGAGACAAUCACUCCAUCGAGGACGAGCGCGAACUCGACGAUGCAUUCGGUGCACCUUCCGACGACGAGGACGACGAUGAUGACACGCGCGAUCGAAGGCGAUUGAUUACAGGCCAGGAGGUGCCAUCAGGGCCAGCGCCGCCAACGAGGAGACCCGAAGCACCACAACGGGUGGUAACCGAGAUCCCGUCCUAUGUGCCCGCGCCAGCACCUACACCUGCAGCCGCUCCUGGUUCUUCAAAUGGUCGUGUAGUGGGUGGCGGACAAAAUGAUGGAGUGUGGGCGAACCUAAACGCGAAGCCUCGAGCUGGAGAUGAUGUUGAGGAGAAACCGCCGACAUACGAACAGGCUGCCGCCGAUGCCACGCCACCGUACUGGGAGACAACCGUGCUCUCGCCGUACAACAUGACUGGUAACCCUGAUGAUGUAUUUGUUGAUGGCCUAUUAGUCGGCAGCAUAUUCAGCUUCAUCUGGAAUGCUCUGAUAUCGAUGUCCUUCCAGUUGAUCGGAUUCUUGCUCACCUACCUUUUACACACAACCCAAGCAGCCAAGCAUGGAUCUCGAGCAGGCCUCGGCAUUACCCUGGUGCAGUAUGGAUUCCAAAUGCGAUACGCGAGCACAAUAGGCGGAGGUCAAUCCGAUUCCUCUCCUGGAGCACCAACAGAUGGGGUACCGGACGAUCCAAACUCGCAUGAUUUUGACCCUGGCCAAGUUACAGGAGGUGACAGUACUCCCGGCUCUGUGGGUCUCAGCACUACAGACUGGCUAUCGUAUGGUCUCAUGAUCGUGGGAUGGUUCAUCCUGAUCCGAGCUGUGAGCGACUUCCUCAAGGCACGACGGCAAGAAGCUCUGGUCCGGUCAUCGCCAGACCGAGGUCUCGGUGUUGCAAUCGUAGCAGAAAACGAGACACCUGCCCAAGCAGUCUGA